AUGAUUUUUCCCAGUUCCGCCCGCCGAAGCAGCCAAAUGAGCUACGGUUUCAUUCCGAAGAAUUCCUUUGAGCUUUUGUUGUUGCUGCAGGAAGAGCCAGGAUCAUCUUUAUGGAAAACAACCAAGAAACCCAAAAAAAAAGGACUCAGAAAUCAUAAAGUGGUUUUGAACAAGUUAAAAAAGCGCAUAGGGGAAGAGGGAAUGAAAGAGCCCAGGCCCCAGCCCAUUCAUAGCCAGAUGCUGGGAACAGUGGGCCAAGCGGAGAGGUUCUGGGGCGAAUGGAGUGCCGCAGUCUCCACAUUCAUUGUAUUUUCAGUUUCAGCUAUUCAUCCAACGUAG